AUGCCCAGUUUCUCUGCAUUCUCAGAUAACUCAGUGAGCCAUGUGCUUGCGGGCUUCGUGCUCUUCAUGGUCCCACAGCCCCGCACUGCCUUGAAGGAAAUCCGCCGCGUGCUCACGGCUGAGAAUGGCGGCGAUGCGUUUUCAAUGAGCUCCUGGCUGGAGCUGGACAGUGAAUGGUACCAUAUUAUGACGCUCACGAACCAGUUCCGCCCGGAGAGACCCUCGGUGAAGAUGCCGCAGGAGUGGCUCACGAUUGAUGGGAUUCGAGGUGACCUGGAGGGAGCGGGGUUUCGAGAUGUGGAUGUCUAUCCGCUGAAGACGUAUCUUCCGUUUGAGGGAUAUGAGCAGCUGGCGGGUUUCAGAUGUAUACGUUUCCGAAUAUGGAUAGGAUGA